AUGUCGAGUGGAAAGCGAAGAAAUCCAUUGGGCCUCAGUUUACCACCAACAGUUAAUGAGCAGAAUGAAGUCGGGGAAGCGACUGCGGAGGAAACAAUUCCCACCAUUCCACUGGAAGAGCAGUUAAAGAAUUUGGGAUUAACCGAGCCCCAAACACAAAGACUUUGCCAAUUUUUACAGGCUAAGGAAGGCAUAAAGGAAUUAAAUGAAAAAAUGCUGGAGACUAAGGGCGAACUUGGUCAUGGAAAUGGCGGAGUCGUCAACAAAUGUGUUCACAAGAAAACGGGAGUAGCAACAAAUAGUCAAAGAACUCGCAGUGCUCCACAAGUGUAA